AGCGAGGUGCGAAGCUAGCUUAGCGGAUGGAACUGACAAUAAUUUGUGCGCUGCUCCUAAAAAAAAAUUGUUAUAAAAUGGACGCUGUGCGCAGGAAAAGUUUAGGAGCACUUUCUCUUUUAUUAAUUUUAGAAGUGGAAAGAAAGCGUCAUGAAACACGACAAAGAAGAUCUUGGACGAAAAAAUGGUUGGCGAGAAGAACGGAGAAUAAUCGUGGAGUUUUUAAUAUGUUGUUUGAAGAACUAGGGCCUGAGGAUCCAAGGUCAUUCCGGAAUUACACGCGGAUGGAUGAAGAAGUUCUGGAAGAAUUGUUAGCUGCAAUUACACCGCUUAUACAAAAGCAAGACACCGUCAUGAGAGAAGCAAUUACCCCACGCAAUAGGCUUGCAGCUACAUUGCGUUUUCUUGCCACAGGCAACACAUUUGUUGAUUUGUCUUAUUCGAUUCGGAUUGCUCACAAUACCUUAUCGCGCUUAAUAAUUGAAACUCUAAAAGCAAUUGUGAUCGUGUUAGAAGGGAAGGUAUUGAUAUGUCCUUCAACCUCUUCAGAGUGGGAAGCUUCCGCAGGACAAUUUCAUGCACAGUGGCAAUUUCCUCAUUGCAUAGGAGCUCUGGACGGCAAACAUGUAAAUUUCAGACCACCAAGAGCUGAUAGGUCUUUCUACCGUAAUUAUAAAAACAUAGACAGUAUCAUUUUGCUUGCCCUUGUAAAUGCGAACUAUCAAUUUUUAUUUGUGGACAUUGGUUGGAAUGGACGCAUGCAUGACUCUUCUGUGUUUCAAAAAAGUGUCUUCUCCCAACAUCUUUCUUCUGGUGCACUAAAUUUACCAACACCACAUCCCCUGCCUGGAGGAAAUGUGUCUUUACCAUAUGUGAUUGUAGCUGACGAUGCUUUUCCAUUGAAAUCGAACAUUAUAAAGCCAUACCCUGGACGUAACCUGACUUAUGAUCAAAAAAUAUUUAAUUAUAGAUUGAGUAGAGCACGCAGAGUUGUAGAAAAUGCCUUUGGCAUACUGGUCAACCGCUUUCGCAUUAUGUUGAAUAUUAUUCCUCUUUCUGUGGAAAAGAUGGAGCUAAUAGUUUACACAUGUUGUCUGCUCCAUAAUUUUUUGAUUCAACGUAAUGUUCAGUAGUAUAUUUCUGCAGAACGUCUACAAGAAUGUGUACAGUCAAAUUUACAAAGUGUGCAACAGCAGAGUGGGAAUCAUGCUAUAAACAAGAUCAUGUCAACUUUAUCACGUGAUCUAGUCGCUAGUUCUCAUUGGCUAAUAUAGUGCCUAGCAGCAAAACACGCAGAGAAAAUAGCACUCGUUCUAUCACGUAAAACCGUCAGCACUGCACGCAGCGCUAUUCGCAGCAAGCAACUUUUCUCGCUGCGUAGCCUGCACGGUGGCUGGCAGAGCUCCUCGCAAGUAAACUUGCACGAAAAAUCGCAUCGUGGGAAACUAGCUUUACAUAUGUCCAUUUAAAAAAUCGCAUUGACCUUUAAUUAAUAAUUCCUCUUUCAUUCAGCAACGCAGAAAAAAAUGGUUCAGGACUUUCCGACUCAUUUUUCAUUCAGAAAUAGCGCUACGUAAUUCGUGAGCGCGAAUUAUGA